UCCAAAUCGGUGAACUGGGCUAGGCGGCCCAUCACUUUGUUUCACAGACAAAUGACUUUCAAUUUCACACUUUUCUUCUUCAUCUCAACGCCUCUUCUUCUCUUUGACGGUGACUUCUUCCUCUUCGAUUACCUCGCUGCUGGCACAAUCACUCUUCAUCGCAGGAGUUCUCACAAGCUGGUCGUGUCUCCUCACACGAACUAGGAAUACCGGUUGGGCCAACCACUAGAGACUAGAUUGCCGCCGGAACUCUGCCUUUGGUCGCCACCCCGCCUGAACUUCCGCCGCCAGAGUCCCGCCGUCGAUCGAAGGUACUCCACCAGCGCCGCUUCGUGCAUCAAGCCAGGAUUUUUUGGAGAUGAACCAACUUGUAUCAACCACAUCAUAGAGAGAAGCAGUCACAAACCCUUAAUAUGGAGGUCUCUUCAUUGGACCUCUCUGCAGAGAUUAAAGAAAGCAAAGAUGAUACAGAGAGAAAGAACACUAGUAAUGCACCUGAGUAUCAAAGUAGCACUGUGAAGAAGGCAAGGCUGCAUUUAACACUGGGUGCUCUCCUUAAUGAUCCAAUACUAGCUGAUGUGCCAAAAAACCCAUCAUUCUCUGAUGUAGAUACCCUCAUAAGCUUGGAACUUGGCAGUGCCAUGCGGAUUACCAUCCUUAAAUUGGACAACACCUCUGUUGAUGUUGCUGUCCUGAACUCUGCAACAGUUAAGGACUUGAAACAAGCAGUUAGAAAGAAGAUUGAAGAGAUGGAGGAUUCCAACAUGGGUCAUCGCCACAUUUCUUGGAAACAUGUCUGGGACAAUUUUUGCUUAUCAUAUAAUAAUGACAAGCUUCUCGAUGAUGGGGCUAAACUUCAGGAUUAUGGCAUACGGACCAACUGCGUGGUACAAUUUGCUCCCUAUGUUAUGUCAAGAGCCUCACAACGACAUUCCAGGAGUAGAAAACACCGGUUCUUCCACGGUCUUAACAAAACUGGAUGAACUUUGUAAUUUGUAUCAUUUCAUAACAGAGUUAGAUUGGGGAAGAAUGUUUUGCUGUAAAGGUACAAUGUAUUGACUUUUUGUAAGAUUGGGGAAGAAUUUUAGUAGAACUUGUAAAUCGGGAAGACCAAUGCCAUCAAUUAAAGAUUAAAUAUUGAACACCAUUUAUAAAAUAUAUAAAAAAAACCGACUUGACCA